GGUGACGUAUCUCUAGAACAAACCUCGACCUUAACCUCACCUCGACCACCCAAAUCACACAAUCAACCCCAAAUCACACCUCAACCACCCACCCACCCAACAGCAUGCUCGCCGCUUGGACGAGGCCAGUGCAAUGCAGGCUAACGAUCCACGGCCCGAGGGCGAUGGACCCGACCGACCUCUCGAUCAACCUCUAGGCCUCGCCAUCAACGGCCUCGGCCUCGACCAGCUCCCAACCCCAGAUGGCACUCCCACUAACUGGGCCUCUCGAUCGCCCGUCAUUCCCGUCAUGCCCGACGAGAGCGCCAUAGAUGAGAGCCCGGUCGCCGGCGACGGCACCGAGGAGCGCGACCUGCGUGUCGACACGGGACCUCGAACCCAGUCGGUCAGCAAGGACGGCGUGCGCAGGCUCUCGGCCAGCAAGAUGCGCGAGCUGGCCGCCUCUCCAGAGUCGCUGCCCGUGGCCCCGAUCCCGGACCGCAGCCCUGUCGGCGCCACCCUCAGCCACCCGCUCUCCGCCAGCAUCGUCGAGACCGCCGCCCGCCCGUCAAUGGCCGACCAGGCCCGCGCCGUGCUGCAGGGCUCCCUCCCUCUCGAACCCGACCGGCACGGCCGCAGCCACCGCGCCACCGUCAGCGAUAAGCCCGCUCGGCCCGCCGGCUCCCCGCGCACCCUGUCGACGCCGCCCAUGAGCAGGCAAAAGUCCAGCAAAGAGCAGCCGCAACCGCAACCGCCCGCCGGCAGCCGCAGGAACUCGUUCCACCCCACUCCCCGCCUCAAUGGCAUCCAGAUCCCGCUUAAUGGCAUCCAGAUCCCGCCCAACGGCGUCCCGCCCAGCGCCCCGCCCAGCGUCUCGGACCAGACCCAGACGCCCCAGCUGCUGCCCGCCGAGACGCCCGUCGAGUCCGCCAGCGUCCCCCUCCCUCCCAUGUCGGUCCCCAUGUUUCUGCAGCUCGAGCUGGCCGGCGAGCGCCCCAGCCCCCUCUACAUCCAGCACUCGUAUGCCAACGACGUGCCCUACGAAUCGAGCGCCGUCAAGUUCGAGCGCCUCAAGAACUUUCUACUGCUGCCGUCCUUUCUCGAGCGCACCAUCUGCUUUGGCGCCCUCGCCUGCCUCGACGCCUGGCUCUGGACCUUUACCAUCCUGCCCAUGCGCUUCGUCAUCGCCCUGGGCGUGCUGGUCAAAUGGUGGGGUUACGUGGUGGUUAGGGAAGCCCGCUGGUCCAUCGGCUACGUAUGGUACGGCCUGGGCCGCUGGCUAAGGCGGGGACGGGCCCGCGACUCGGCCGGCGAAGAGUCCCGCAGCCCCAGCAGGGCCCGUGAGGCGAGCGCGCCCAGCUCAGCCGUCGAAGAGCCGUCGGUGCAGUUCGAAGCGCGCAAGCCGGCCCCUCCGCUGCGGGCGCCCCGACACCGUGGCCGCAGGGGGCACCGACGCACCAAGUCGAUGCCAUCCAACCUCACGUCCUUUCACAAGGCCGAUAUCCUCCAGGGCUUUGUGAUUCUAUUCAGCUGCAUGGCACUAAUGCGACUCGACGCCAGCCGCAUGUACCAUUUUAUCCGCGCUCAAUCGGCCAUCAAGCUCUACGUUAUUUACAACGGCCUCGAAGUGGGUGACCGGCUGCUGUCGUCGCUAGGCCAGGACAUAUUCGAAUGCCUGUUUAGUACCGAGGUGCUGGCCCGCAACCACCUGGGCCGGUCCAAGGUGCUGGUGCCGUUUGGCAUGUUUCUUCUGGCGCUUAUUUACAACACGUGCCACGCCAUCACUCUCUUCUAUCAGGUCAUCACGCUCAACGUGGCCGUUAACUCGUACAACAACGCGCUCCUAACACUGCUCAUCUCCAACCAGUUUGUCGAGAUCAAGAGCGCCGUAUUCAAGCGGUUCGAAAAGGAAAACGUGUUCCAGCUCACGUGUGCCGACAUUGUCGAACGCUUCCAGCUGUGGCUAAUGCUGCUCAUCAUCGCCAUGCGCAAUAUUGUCGAAGUCGGAUUCUGGACUAUCCCAGGCGCUAUUUCGGGUGGUGGUCCGGACAGCGAUGAUCCGUCCUUCAAAAUGCCGCUGCAUAGCCCGUCGGUACUGCCGGCCAGCUUCACGGCCCUGCCGGCCUGGCUGUGGUCAGGCGAAGUGCUAUCUCCGUUCCUGAUCGUGACGGGCAGCGAGACGGUGGUGGACUGGAUCAAGCACGCCUAUAUCAACAAAUUCAACAACAUCAAACCCAACUUUUACAGCCGCGUGCUGGACAUCCUAUGCAAAGACUACUACACCAACGCCUUUGUAACCCCCUCGCUGACCCGCCGCCUCGGCCUGCCGCUGCUGCCGCUGUCGUGCCUUUUUAUCCGCGCCUCGGUCCAGACGUACCACAUGUUCCUGGCCACGCACCUGCCCGCUCCGCUGCCGUCGUCGACGCAGACCGCCCUGGCCGAGCCGACAUCCGCCACGCCGUCUUCCCCCGCCAUGGCCGCGUCUCUGGACCGCCUGGACACGCUGAUCCGCAACGCUCUGGGCCGCGCCGUCCACGGCCUGCCCUACGUGGGGAACGAGUCGGCACCCACCUCGCCUUCCGACUUUGCCACCUCCCCCAAGCCCCUCGUCGGCGACUGGACCACCGACGACGCCAUCGCGGCCCUGACCAUGCUCACCUUCUUCUUCCUCGCCUUUCUGGUGCUGCUGGUGCUCAAGCUGCUGCUGGGCAUGGCGCUGCUGCGCUACUCGCGCAGCCGGUACGCGCGCAUGCGCCGCCGGGAGCUGGCCGUGGCCGCCGGCCGCCUCGAGCCCGAGGUGUUUGACCAAAAGGGCAGCAAGCGCGUCGGCGGCUUCGGCCAGGUCGAGGUGGGCGACGAGCGGCGCGCCAAGCUGUACGAGGACGACCCGGAGGGGCUCAAGAAGGCGCAGGCGACGGAGCGGCGCAACGUCGGCAAGCGGGAGAAGAGCGAGAAGGAUCUGGGGCGGAUCAGCCGCUACGAGAUGGUGGCGAAGCGGAUUUGGUAGGGGCCGAGAAGGCAACGUGCAGGUAACGCAAUUCACGUAUUGAUGCAUUUUUUAUUUAUCCUGCACUUUCCAUUACUUUGAGUGCGAGGACCUGGGAGAGGUGGUGACGCGGAUUUGGUACCAACCCGCAAUAUUCAUAUUAGUCCCAUACCCGAUCUAUCCUGCAUUUUCUCCCAACAGAGCGAGAAGGACGCAUCGGCCGCUAGAAUGUGGCGAGGCGGGUUUGGUAGGCUGGCAAAACAGGCAGAUAGACCGCAAUUCCUUGCAAGAUGGACCGCAAACUCAUCGUAUUGAUAUCCGUAUCAUCCACUUCCACUUCCGCAUCCACACCCA